AUGGAAGUGCCGACACAACCAACCCAGCCUACGCAGGCAACACAAGCUGCUUUUGAUCAUUUGACUCAAGAAAGUUUAGAGGAUGGUACGAUAUGUCGUUUGAUUUGUACUACAGGUCAAUUAAAUAAUGUUGAUUUGAAAAUUAAAAGAAAUGGGUUGAAAGAAUGGUACUUCGGUAGAAAUGCUGCUUGUGAUAUCACUUAUACAAAUACAACAAGAUUAAGCAAUAAACAUUUCAAGAUAUGGAGUGGCGAUUCAAAUGUAUUGAUUCAAGAUUUAUCAACAAAUGGUACUUAUGUUAAUAAUUCAAGAUUAGUCAAAGGUCAAAAUUAUAUAUUGAGUCAAGGUGAUGAAGUUUCAGUAGGGAUUGGUGUUGCUAAAGAUGUUGUUAGAUUUAUUGUCUUCUUUCCAAAAGCUUCUAGUAUUCAAAAUUCAAGUACAAGAAUUGAUGAAGGUAUAAAUAAAGAAUUUUCGAUAAAGGAUGAAGUUAUAGGUCAAGGUGCUUUUGCAAUUGUUAAAAAAGCUGUGGAAAGAGCAACGGGGAAAACAUAUGCAGUUAAAAUCAUAUCCAAAAGAAAAAUCAUGGGGAAUACAGAUGGUGUUAGUAGAGAAUUAGAAAUUUUGAGAAGAUUAGAUCAUCCAGGGAUUGUUAGACUACGAGGUUUUUAUGAAGAUGAUGAUAGUUAUUAUCUUGUCAUGGAAUUUGUUCCAGGUGGUGAUCUUAUGGAUUUUGUUGCUGCUCAUGGUGCAGUUGGUGAAGAAGCUGGUAAAGAAAUUACAAAACAAAUUUUACAAGCUGUUAAAUAUGUUCAUUCAUUAGAAAUAUCACAUAGAGAUCUGAAACCUGAUAAUAUUCUGAUUGCACAAGAUGAUCCUGUCAUGGUUAAGAUUACAGAUUUUGGUUUGGCGAAAAUCUCUGAUAAUGGUACAUUUAUGAAAACUUUUUGUGGUACUUUAGCUUAUGUUGCACCUGAAGUUAUAGAUGGUAGAUUAUCAAAAGUUACAGAUGAUAAUAAGUAUUCAUCAUUAGUUGAUAUGUGGUCUUUAGGAUGCUUGGUUUAUGUUAUUUUAACUGCACAUUUACCAUUUAGUGGUAGUACACAAGAUCAAUUGUAUAAACAAAUCCAACAAGGAACUUAUCAUGAACCACCAUUGAAAGAAGCUGGAGUUUCUAAAGAAGCUCGAAGCUUUCUUGAUUCGUUAUUACAAACUGAUCCAAGAAAAAGAAUCACAGCAUCUGCUGCAUUAUCACAUCCAUGGAUUUUAAGCUCUUCACAACAAUUAUCACAAAUUUCUUUAUCACAAUCUCAAUCUCAACAACAUAGAUUAGAAGUUGAAAAAUUACAAGUUGAUGAUGCAAAUCUUGAAUUAAACAAAGACAUUUCCGAUGAACCUGUUUUCAAAAUACCUGCACCGCCAAAUAAUAAUAAGAAUAAAAAACCUCAACAACAAAAAGAUGAUACUUCCCAACCUUCUCAAGCAUCUCAAGCAUCUCAACAGAAAACUGCACAAAUUACAAAUAAAUCAUUCACAGAAGACAAUUCAUUUGAUAGAACUUCACUUAUAGAGAACGGUAAUGUCAAUAAUACACCAGUUAAAGGUCAAGAUAUAAUAAAACCUGAAACACCUCAAACAAUAGAGAAGAAAACUUCUGAAGCAACUGCGUCUUCUACUGCUACAAAAUAUCCACCAGGUACUUCAUUAACUUUGACUCCUACAUCGAAAAGUGUUAAUCAUAAAGAAAUUUUCAUACCUCAAGGUGUUAGUCCAUAUGUUAUAGGAAGAAAUGCAGUAUGUCAUGAAACUAUAGCACAAGAUCGUUUAUCAAAAAUCCAUUGUGCUUUUACUAAGAAGAGACAUCCUGUUGGUAUGAGUCUUUAUGAAAGUCCUGCACAAGGGUUGGAAGAUAUUUGGUUAAUCGAUUUUAGUACAAAUGCAUGUUAUAUUAAUGGAACAAAAAUUGGACGUGGUAAAAAGGCACUUGUUUAUAAUAAUGAUGAAAUAAUGUUGUUUAAUGAUAAUAAUAAAAAGGAAAGAUUAGCUUUUAAAGUUCAUAUUAUUGAUGGGACUGGUAUUUUCAAUAAUGGAGAAUCACCAUAUGGUGAACAUACAACAAGAGAAACUGUUGAACAAGAUGAUUUUGAUAGAUCCUCAUUACCUAAAAUUGUAUUGCCAAAUAAUGUUACAGAAAAGAAGAGAAUGGAUGAUAAGAAUUAUAGGAAAAGACUUGCACCAAAGGAAAAUGUUUCUCAAAGACCUAUUAAAAGAGCUGCUUUGGAUAAAGGUGAUAUUAAUUCUUCAUUUCAAACUGCAUUAAGAUGA